CGUCCUCUAGCGGCAGAAGUAAUAACAAUGGUGGAAUUUUUGACAGAAUUCCCAUCAAGAAAUCAUGGAUCAGUCAUACACAGUUUUUGUUUAUGGAACUUUGAAAAGGAACCAACCGAAUCACCAUUAUUUAUCAAGUGCAAAAUUCAUCACAGAAGCUACUUGUUUUGAGAAAUUUCCAUUGGUUAUAGCUUCAAAGUACAAUAUUCCAUUUGCUAUCAAUAAACCUGGAUCUGGCUUUAGAAUUAAGGGAGAACUGUUUACUGUUGAUGAAGAAACCCUUGCCAAGUUGGACGAACUUGAGAACCAUCCGACUUUGUAUGUCCGUCAACUACAGAGUUUUGAGACUACUGAUGGCAAAAUUGUUGAAGCAUGGGUUUAUCUACUUCAAGAAUAUAAGCCAGAAAUGCUAGAACUUGAAUUUUUUGAAUCCUAUUUUAGUGAAGGCAAACAUGGAAAACAGUAUGUGGCAAGUGAUGAUGACCUGACCAAACCAGAAGACAUCUUGCAAGUGCUUAGAAUUAAGUAAUAAAAGAACAACUAAAUUUAACAGACCAACCUAUUAUGUGCCUACCUGCUGUAGAUUUUUCGCUCUUUUUUGUUUUGGGAUUUUAGUAUAGAGGGUCUAAGAAGCAUUUCCUAUUCGACAAUAGGACGAUUUGUGCACGAAAAAGUGUCUCAUAGUAUGAAAUAAAUUAAACGAGACCAUGA